AUGUGCCCUACUCCAGACGCCGCCCCGGCUGCCGCCAGCCAUUCCAAUGGCGCCAAUGGCACCAAUGGCACCGACAAAUCCCACCCUGGCUUCACAGGCAUCCCCACCAAGGCCACCCGUAGCGCACCCUACGUGCCCGUUGGUGACUUCCUGAGCAAUGUCUCCAGGUUCAAGAUCAUUGAGUCCACCCUCCGUGAGGGCGAGCAGUUCGCAAACGCCUUCUUCGACACCGAGACCAAGAUCAAGAUUGCUAGGGCUCUCGACGAGUUCGGCGUCGACUACAUCGAGCUUACUUCGCCCGCCGCCUCUGAACAAUCAAGAAGGGAUUGCGAGACCAUCUGCAAGCUCGGUCUCAAGGCCAAGAUCCUGACACACGUCCGCUGCCACAUGGACGAUGCCCGCCUGGCUGUAGAGACUGGUGUUGAUGGCCUCGAUGUCGUCAUUGGCACAUCCUCAUACCUCCGUGAGCAUUCGCAUGGCAAGGAUAUGACCUACAUCAUCAACACUGCCAUUGAAGUCAUCGAGUUCGUCAAGUCCAAGGGUCUCGAAGUCAGAUUUUCCAGCGAGGACUCUUUCCGUUCCGACCUCGUCGAUCUGCUCUCUGUCUACAGUGCCGUCGACAAGGUUGGCGUGCAUCGUGUUGGAAUUGCAGACACAGUUGGUUGCGCUUCCCCAAGACAAGUCUACGACUUGGUGAGGACUCUGCGCGGUGUUGUCAAGUGUGAUAUUGAGACUCAUUUCCACGAUGACACUGGCUGUGCGAUCGCAAAUGCAUACUGCGCUCUCGAAGCUGGUGCCACACACGUUGACACCUCGGUCCUUGGUAUUGGUGAGCGCAAUGGCAUCACCACUCUUGGUGGCCUUAUGGCGAGAAUGAUUGUCGCCGACCGCGAAUACGUGACCAGCAAGUACAACCUCGGCAAGCUCAAGGACCUCGAAAACCUUGUGGCCGACUCCGUACAAAUCAAUGUGCCAUUCAACAACCCAAUCACCGGAUUCUGCGCUUUCACUCACAAGGCCGGUAUCCACGCCAAGGCCAUCCUGAACAACCCCGAGACAUACGAGAUUCUGAAGCCUGAAGAUUUCGGUCUUUCUCGCUACGUCCACUUCGCCUCGAGGUUGACAGGCUGGAACGCCAUCAAGAGCCGUAUUGAGCAGCUCGGCCUGUCCAUGACCGAUGACCAGGUCAAGCUGUGCACGCAGAAGGUCAAGGCCAUGGCCGACGUGAGGCCGCUGGCCAUCGACGAUGCCGACUCUGUCAUCCGAACCUUCCACUUGAACCUCACGGCGGAUGAGGAGAAGCCCCUACUCCCCGACUUGACCUCUGAGGAGCAUGCCAAGUUCAAGAAGGCCGAGAGGGAGAUUGCCGGUCAGCCCGAAAAGAGAGCAUCGGAUGAGAUCAGUGCCGAGGAGACCAACGGCAGCACCGCCAAGAAGGUCAAGGUAUAG